AUGACUAUCCUGCUCCUGUGGCUACUGGUUUACCAUCUCAGUGCACUCAAUCCCGCACAAGCUUCCAAAUGCAUCCUGCAAAAUGAAUUUGAGCCAGGCCUCAUGGCUAAUGGAGAUUUUGUAAUUGGUGGUAUUUUUCCUUUACACUAUAAUCAGGAAAUGCCAGACCUCAACUUUACUUACAAACCUGGGCCGGUCAAAUGUAAUGGAUUUGAUACGAGAGCUUUCAGAUGGGCCGUUACAAUGAAACUUGCAGUGGAAGAAAUUAACAAGCGAGUCGAUCUUCUUCCUAACUACACUUUGGGUUACAAAAUUUUUGACUCUUGCGCUUACCCUCUGACAGGACAGAGAUCGGCGGUGGCUGUUCUAAAUGGGCCAAAUGAAAUAGAAAGCCCCUUGUGUGCAGAUGCUGGUCCACUGCUUGCUGUGAUAGGAGAAUCUGGAUCAGCUCAGUCUAUUGUAGUUUCUAGAAUUUUGCAACCUUUUGGCAUACCGAUGAUCAGUUAUUUUUCAUCAUGUGCCUGUCUGAGUGAUAGGAGAGAAUUCCCCACAUUCUUCAGAGUCAUCCCUAGUGAUGCCUAUCAAGUGAAGGCCAUUGCAAAACUCCUGCGCCAUUUUAACUGGACAUGGAUCGGAGUAAUACGAGGAGAUCACGAGUAUGGCCGCUUUGCCCUUCAGGGCUUAUUGAUGGAGCUGGAGGGUACAGGCAUAUGCGUUGCUUAUCAGAAGAUGAUCCCUCUGUUAUAUGACCGUCAGAAGGCGCUGGAAAUCAUACAUGUCAUGAGCCAGUCCACUGCCCGGGUAGUAGUGGUGUUUUCAGCUGAGGGUGAGCUCACACCUUUCUUGAGAGAUUACAUGGAACAGAAUGUGACUGGCAUACAGUGGAUUGCAAGUGAGGCUUGGGUUACAUCCUCUGUGUUUGCAGGAAGUGAAUUUGACCCUUUCCUUGGUGGGACUAUUGGAUUUGGCAUUCGGCAGGGCCAAAUUCCUAGAUUAAAAGAAUAUCUCACAACAGUGAACCCAGAAAGUCACUUGCCCCCCUGUACAGGGCAGGAGACUGUUAGACUGCAGUAUUCUGCCUAUUUAAAUACAUCCAGCCCCCGCAUUUCCUAUAAUGUCUAUAAAGCAGCAUAUGCCAUUGCUUAUUCCCUGCACAAUCUCAUUCACUGUACACCUGGAAAAGGGCCAUUUAGUAACUCCACAUGUGCAAACGCACUUCAUAUCUACCCGUGGCAGUUACAACAGUAUCUCCAAGAGGUGUCAUUCACUAUUUCGGGAGAGAAAGUGAACUUUGACAUGAAAGGUGAUUCUAUUCCAUCCUAUGACCUCAUAAACUGGCAGAGGGGCUCAGGAGGAAAUAUUGAGUUUAUUAAUGUGGGCAUGUUCGAUGGUGCACUUGAAUCUGGCCAAGAGCUGGUCAUCAAGGAGGAGGCUAUCAUGUGGCCCGGCCAUCAGACUGAGGUGCUGGUGUCUGUGUGCAGCAACAGCUGUGCUCCGGGAUUCAGGAAGGCUGUUCGACGUGGCCAGCCUUUGUGCUGCUUUGACUGUGUACCAUGUGACAGUGGCAAAAUCAGUAAUGAGACAGAUUCACUAGAUUGUAUUGCCUGCUCUGAAGAUUACUGGUCAAAUGCUGAUGGAACAGUUUGUAUUCCUAAAGUGGUUGAAUUCCUGUCCCAUGAUGCAAUGGGAUUGACCCUGACAGUAAUAGCUGUAGCAGGAGCCUGCCUUACAUUAGCUGUGUUUGCUGUGUUUCUUUAUUACAAAAACACUCCUGUAGUACGCAUAAAUAACUCCGAACUCAGUUUCUUCAUCUUAUUAUCACUGACUCUUUGUUUUCUGUGUGCUUUGAUAUUUAUCGGGGAACCCACAUCCUGGUCCUGUAUGCUUCGACACACUGCAUUCAGCAUCACCUUCUCGCUUUGCAUCUCCUGCAUCUUGGGCAAGACUUUAGUGGUGCUGGCUGCUUUCACAGCGACCCGACCUGGAAACAAUAUAAUGAAAUGGUUGGGCCCUACACAGCAAAGAAUCAUCAUUUUCUGCUGCACUCUAGUUCAGGUGCUCAUAUGUACAGUCUGGCUUGUAGCAUCCCCACCAUUCCCCUAUAGAAACACUAAAUAUCAACAGUCCAAGAUCAUUCUGGAUUGCAGUGUGGGCUCUGAUCUGGCCUUUUGGUGUGUGCUGGGAUAUAUUGGUCUUCUGGCUUGUGUGUGUUUUAUUUUGGCUUUUCUGGCCCGGAAAUUACCAGGUAAUUUUAAUGAGGCCAAAUACAUCACCUUCAGCAUGAUUAUAUUUUGUGUAGUAUGGCUGGCUUUUGUGCCCGCAUAUGUCAGUUCACCUGGUAAAUUUACAACUGCUGUGGAGAUUUUUGCCAUUUUAGCCUCUAGUUUUGGACUGCUUCUCUGCUUAUUUACCCCAAAGGUUUAUAUCAUUUUAGUGAAGCCAGAGAAGAACACCAAACAACAUCUCAUGGGAAAAGACAAGUGA